GCAAGGAGACUUUGGGCAGGAGUUUCAGUCACAGAGCGAAGAGAACAUCACACCAUGCUCUCAGUAGCGCUCCUCUCAUCUUUCUGUAUUUUCUUUGGAUCAUGCCAGCAGUUAUCUGGAAGAGGAGAUGUUGGACCACAGUUGCUUACAGAGAUGAAGGAAACAAAUUCAGUGCUACGAGAAGUUCGAGAGCUUCUAAAGCGACAGAUUGAAGAAAUAACAUUUUUGAAAAACACGGUUAUGGAGUGUGAUGCUUGUGGUCUGCACGGUUCCACAGGCCAACAUUUCAGUGGGCCAGGAAUUACUGUGACAUCUUUCGGAAACAAAUGCAACCCAAAUCCCUGUUUCUCUGGUGUUACAUGCAUAGAGACAAGCUCUGGGUUUCAGUGUGGAUCUUGUCCGGUGGGCUAUUUGGGAAAUGGAACUCACUGCACCGACAUUAAUGAGUGCACAGUGAACCCAUGUUUUCCCAGAGUACGCUGCGUCAACACAUCUCCUGGCUUCCACUGUGAGCCCUGCCCUAUUGGUUAUAUAGGAAAGAGGGUAGAAGGCAUUGGGCUGGAUUAUGCAAGAGCUAAUAAGCAGAUGUGUGAUGAUUUAAAUGAAUGUGAGAGUGGAACCAACCCAUGUCCUGCAAACUCUUUGUGCACCAAUACCAAGGGUUCCUACAAAUGUACCCCCUGCAAGGCAGGGCAAGGAGGAGCCUGCAAAAGUGAAAAAAGAUGUCCCAAUGGAGAGAUAAGCAAGUGUCAUGAAAAUGCUGACUGCAUCAAGGAACGGGAUGGUUCCAUAGUAUGCGUGUGCGCAGUUGGGUGGGCGGGAAAUGGAUUAUUGUGUGCAAAGGACACAGACAUUGAUGGAUUUCCUGAUGAAAAGCUGAGGUGUAGUGAUGUUAAAUGUAAAAAGGACAACUGCGUAACAGUCCCCAAUUCUGGUCAGGAAGAUGCAGACAGAGAUGGUAUCGGAGAUGCUUGUGAUGAUGAUGCUGACGGAGAUGGGAUUCCAAAUAUGCAGGAUAACUGCAUUUACGUUCCUAAUGUGGACCAGAAAAAUGUUGACCAGGAUGACUAUGGAGAUGCUUGUGAUAACUGUCGUAAUGUUAAGAAUGAUCAGACGGACACAGACCGGGAUGGAAAAGGAGACGUCUGUGACGAUGAUAUGGAUGGAGACAAAAUCAAAAAUGCAGUAGACAACUGUAAGAAAAUUCCCAACUAUGACCAGAAAGACACAGAUGGAGAUGGCGUAGGAGAUGUUUGUGACAGUUGUCCAACAAUCAGGAACCCAGACCAAUCAGAUGCUGAUCAUGACCUAGUUGGUGACCUCUGUGAUACCAACCAAGACAGAGACGGUGAUGGUCACCAAGACACAAGUGAUAACUGCCCUUCAGUGGUCAACAGCGACCAAUUGGACACUGACAAGGAUGGAGAUGGAGAUGAGUGUGAUGAGGAUGAUGAUAAUGAUGGCAUUCCAGACACUGCUCCUCCCGGUCCUGAUAACUGUAGAAUUGUACCUAAUCCUGACCAGGCUGAUUCUGAUGGCAACGGUAUUGGGAAUGCUUGUGAAGGGGAUUUCGACAAAGAUUUAGUUGUUGACAAAGUUGAUGUUUGUCCAGAAAAUGCUGAGAUCACUCUGACAGAUUUUAGGGCAUACCAAACUGUUGUUUUAGAUCCUGAAGGUGAUGCCCAGAUUGAUCCAAACUGGAUUGUUUUAAAUGAGGGGAUGGAAAUUGUACAGACAAUGAAUAGUGACCCUGGACUUGCUGUGGGUUAUACUGCAUUCAAUGGAGUGGACUUUGAAGGAACGUUUCAUGUCAACACAGAAACAGAUGAUGAUUAUGCUGGAUUUAUCUUUGGCUAUCAGGAUAGUUCUAGCUUCUAUGCUGUCAUGUGGAAACAAAUGGAGCAAACCUAUUGGCAGGCCAAUCCAUUCCGAGCAGUGGCUGAACCUGGAAUUCAGCUAAAGGCUGUUAAAUCAACAACAGGACCAGGGGAGCACCUCAGAAAUUCAUUAUGGCACACUGGCGAUACUGUCAACCAAGUCAAGCUGCUGUGGAAAGAUCCCAGAAAUGUGGGAUGGAAAGAUAAGACCUCAUAUCGUUGGUUCUUGCAGCACAGACCUUCAGUUGGGUACAUUAGGGUGAAGUUCUUUGAAGGUCCUGAACUAGUUGCAGAUUCGGGGGUUGUCCUGGAUACCACAAUGAGGGGAGGGCGCUUGGGAGUCUUUUGUUUCUCCCAGGAGAACAUCAUUUGGUCAAACUUACGAUAUCGUUGUAAUGAUACCAUCCCCAAUGACUAUGAGGCAUUUAAAGAACAGCUCAAGAAACUGUAAUCAUCUUACAACCACUCACAAAAUUGCUUCAUUUCUAUUCUAUGAUAGUAAAUGUGGGUAAAUGAUUUGAUUUUCAUCAGUUGACUUUACACACCUCCAUCAGUUGCAAGCACCUACAUUUAAGAAACCAUCAAAGCUAAGUAGGAAGUUUUAGCAAAAUGAACGUGGAUAAUCUCACUUUUAGUUGACAUGGCACACAAUGUUUUGCACACCAUAUUAAAGGUGUUGACUAUUGCAAAGCUGUCCUCAGGUAAUGCUCUGUCAUUACCCUACCAUCUGCAAAUGGAACACAUUUUGUUAGCUAUCUAUGGCUCAAACUGUUACAUCCUAAUGAAGCAGAAUGAUAUCAUGUGAUGGUUUAUUAAUAGUUUCAGUAUUCUGUGAAGCUUUUAACAUCGUUAUGACUUCUGUGUGUAAAGGGGAAAUGUAACUAUGCCAUUCUAAUGCCUAUUGCAAUGUGUGCACCAAGACUAAAUUGUUACAUAUGGGAGUCAUUUACUUACCAACAAGUGCAAAGUGUAAUGUAUUAAUAUGCAUGCAGCUGCGCAAAACGGAGAAAAUGUUCCUUGUAAAGAUGUUAUUUCUGGCAAAUGCUGUCUGCACAUGAUUAUUUAGAAAUAAGUGCACUGCAUAUUUAGAGGCAGGUUGAUGUGGGAACCCUGGAGCUAUUACCAGCUUUAAGUGAUGUCUAAGCUUAGACAAAAGUAAGUUUCAUUUUUACACUACAACUGCAAUGCAACUGCAUUUGCAGGUCAUAAAUUACCUUAUAAACUUACUAAAGGGUGCACAAUUUGACCUAUGAUGUAAAUAAAUCCUAGUUGAAAAAAUGUGAAAGAAAAUUUGAAGGUGUGACCUUUUUAAGGCUUCAUUGACAAUGGUUCAUUUUGCACCAUUUGUGUAGAGCAGAUACAAGAUGAAAGCAAAAGGUUUAAGUGAGAAGUUGCAGGAGGCAGAAGGGAACAGGAAAAAAGAAGGAAAAUAUGAAAGGGUGGUAAGAGAAAGAAAGUCAAAGGGGCUUUGAAUAAAAAAGUGAGGGAGAUGGUGGAAAAGUUAUAAACAAAAGAGUAAAGAAAGAGAAAGGAAAGUUGAAUCAAAAUAUUUGUAUGCACUCCAUACAAAUUGGCUGUAUCUUAGAGCUGUAUGGCAAAGAGAGCUUAAAUAAAAAAAAACUUCUUUUAGUUUUACCAUAACAGAGAAAGAUUUCCAUCAUAACAUAACUAAGGCUAUUCUGACCUCAUUUUUCAUUCUAACAAAUAUAUCAUUCAAACCAGGUGCUUGGAUGUAAGAAAUGUACAAUAUAUAGUCUUGUAAUGAAUAAAAUGCUUCUAGAUGGUUUGUAUUAUUUGUUAUGAUGCUGUAUGAAUUCAUAUAACAUGUAUGUAUGUAGACACUGAAUAGUUCAUGUGUACAGAAAUAAAAAUAUAAUUCUUUCAUAUUAAGAACCCUGA